GGUACAUUCCCAGCUACCUCGAAAAGGAUGAGCCAUGUGUGGUGUGUGGUGACAAGGCAACAGGUUACCACUACCGCUGCAUUACCUGCGAGGGCUGUAAGGGUUUCUUCCGUAGGACCAUUCAGAAGAACCUUCACCCAGCCUACUCCUGUAAGUACGAUGGCUGCUGCGUCAUCGACAAGAUUACCCGCAACCAGUGUCAGCUCUGUCGCUUCAAGAAGUGCAUUGCAGUGGGCAUGGCCAUGGACUUGGUACUGGAUGACUCAAAGCGGGUGGCUAAACGGCGCCUGAUUGAGGAGAACAGGGAGCGACGCAAGAAGGAGGAAAUGGUGAAAACGCUCCAGAACCGUCCAGAGCCCACGGGGUCCGAGUGGGAGCUGAUCCGCAUGGUGACAGAGGCCCACCGACACACCAAUGCUCAGGGCGCCCAGUGGAAACAGAAGCGCAAAUUCCUGCCAGACAAAAUCGGCCAGUCUCCAGUUGCGCCCACGUCAGACGGAGACAAGGUGGACUUGGAGGCCUUCAGUGAGUUCACCAAGAUCAUCACUCCUGCCAUCACCCGUGUCGUCGACUUUGCCAAAAAACUGCCCAUGUUUUCUGAGCUACCUUGUGAAGACCAGAUCAUCCUGUUGAAGGGCUGCUGCAUGGAGAUCAUGUCACUGCGAGCUGCCAUGCGUUACGACCCAGAGAGUGAGACGCUAACAUUGAGCGGGGAGAUGGCUGUGAAGCGUGAGCAACUGAAGAACGGCGGCCUGGGGGUGGUGUCGGACGCCAUCUUCGAUCUGGGCAAGAGCCUGGCACAGUUCAACCUGGACGACACAGAGGUGGCGCUGUUGCAGGCUGUGCUGCUCAUGAGCUCAGACCGUUCUGGACUAACCUGCAUGGACAAAAUCGAGAAGUGCCAGGAGACCUACUUGCUGGCGUUUGAGCACUACAUCAACUACCGCAAGCACAACAUUCCCCACUUCUGGCCGAAGCUCCUGAUGAAAGUGACAGACCUGCGGAUGAUCGGGGCGUGCCACGCCAGCCGCUUCCUUCACAUGAAGGUGGAGUGUCCCAACGAACUCUUCCCUCCGCUCUUCCUGGAGGUCUUCGAGGAUCAGGAAGUGUGAAGUUGCCACCACUGAAAGGGAAGAGGAAUUUGGGGCAAACUGGGAGAUGGGAAAGGCCAUCAUUUUUAUAGGGGAAGGAUGGAGGGAGAGUCCUCUCGGCAGGAAUCUGCAUUUCUCCGACAUUUACAGUAUGUGGUUUAAAAACUGGAACCAACAGUAACAGAAACGACACACCAGCAACAGGAGAGUCAAGCAAACAGAGGAUUUUGUUUUUGGAACACCUUCUCCACCUCUUUCUCCUCCUUAUACGUACCCCUGUUUUAAAAUCUGUGUGGGGGCCCUUCUGUCUGAGCAUGAUGUCUUAUCUAGUAAGAGUUGUAGCCAUUUGCCAAGACACUUACACAGAUACACACAACACACACACACACACACACAUACACACACAGCCACAGCCUGUUCCACCUCAGUUCUUCAGAGCAGAGCUCUUUACGGGGGUCCGUUCCCCCUCUCUGGUUCUUUUUAGCAGUCACAGAUUUACACAUUUGAAGCCCAUGUUUCCAGCUCUCUUGCUGGCCAGCACCUCUCAGUAUUAUUUCUGAAUAAAUGUUACAGCAGUAAUUCAGAAAAUAUGG